UAUUUCUAGUGAGUUGACAGAAAAAAGACACAGCCUCAAAAUGGUAAAGACUGACAAUGUUGAAGAAGUUGGAGUUAAUAUAUGCGGGGUAGAUAGAUAUCUCGAUGGAAUAGACAUCAACAACAGCUGCCGACGGGUGUAUCUGAGGAGGAUGGAAUCUAUUGAGGAAUGUAAAAGGUCAUCAUCGACAGAUGACGCAGAAAAACAGUCAACAUCUAUUGGAGCAGCCCUGGCACGACUUAGAACGGAGAUGGUUGGACUAAUGGAUCAGGACGCCGGACUGAUGCGACAGAUGCUGAUCCUUAACGAGAAAGUGGAGGAACUAAAGGCAAACAACAUCUGUCAGAUGAGCAAGGAAUCCUUGGAUAGUUAUGACAGUUUAUAUCUGAUGGAAGGACAGACAGCCAAUCAUCUUCUGGAGAGCAAAGAUAGUCUCUACCACACGGACGAACAGUCGGACGACUUAUCAUCUGAUGAAGAAACAUUUCAAUGUUCUGAUUCUGCUUACUCUGAUUCAGACGAAGAUAAAUGUAAUAUUAUCUCCCAAUCACGUGAUUGCCUGACUUCUCGAAAGGAGUCUGAGUCGUUGGAUUCUGUUUUCGACAGUUUGCUUGAGUUUGACACUAUGUGACACAGUGAUCUGACAUGGAAUCUAACAGAAACCGUUUUACACUGAAAAUGGUAUCACUUGUUCCCUGAUGUCUCCAUACAGAGCCCAAACAAUGACGUCUAUAUGAAGACUUUCGGAACAGCGCAAAAACAGAAGAUGGUCUUAAUGAUUAUUAUUAAAAGAAACAGAUCAACAACUCGAAUUGCAAACAGGCUCGUCGUGGAUUGACACACACCAUGUGAUAGCGCAAUUGAAAGCCUCUAACAGUGACUGAAAGUAUGCAUUAGAGGGUUCAUUCUUACUGAACCAAUGCAUUUGUCAUCGUGUGUUAAAUGACAGGAGUGAACAAUAACGGACGAACUCAAAACGAUGAUGAUAAUUAAACUGUGGUCUACAAUGCAAUUUUGCAUUAAUUAUGAACAGUUGCUAAGAGGGAUACUCUAUCGUUAUCCAUUAAAAGAAAUCCAUUGCGUUCGUUGUUUUGAAAACAAUUGUUCCAUACUAUUGUAUCAUCUGAUCAAAUAAAAUACUA